AUGGGCGUAUCCAAUAACCUCCUAUAUAACAAUGACAAAUCCAACCCCUCCUUCGUCCUCCGGACCAUCCUAGACCUCGCCUUCAAAACCACUCUAUCUCCCCCCUCAAAGACCCCAAGAGACGUGCACAUCCACAUCGCUCAGACCGGAAUCAGUCGAAUUGAUAUCUACUACCGUCAACGAGGAGAAAUAGGAGGUCACGAAAGUCCCGGCAUGGUAGUUGAAGUCGGACCGGCCGUGGAUAACCUCAAAGUCGGCGAUCGCGUAGCAAUUGAGCCCGGUGUCCCUUGUCGCCGCUGUCACCACUGUCGUGUCGGUUUACACAAUCUCUGUCGCGAUAUUGUCAGCGCCGCGACGCCGCUCCAUGAUGGUAUGUUAUUCAAAUACUACACCACGCAGUCGGUCUUCUGCUACCCAAUCCCUUCACAAAUGAGCUUCGAGGAAGGCGCACUGGUCGAGCCCCUCGCCGUCGCGAUGCAAGUCGCCAAAGCCGUGGGGACUGUUUGCAAGGCAUACGGGGCGAAGAAGGUAGUUAGGGUUAGUCUUUCCCUGAGGCAGCUAGAGGUAGCCAUGGCAUUCGGUGCAGAUGAGAUGCAUAUAUAUGCUUUGCCGCCGGAUCAGGAGGAUGGGCCAAAGUGGAGUAAUAUCGCAGCUCAUAUGAUACGGUGGGAAUGUAAGCUAGAGGAGGCCCCUGGCGUUGUGGUUGAGGCGACGGGGUCGCGGCGUCGGGAGGGACAUAUGUGCAAGUUGGGGUGGGAGAGGAGUGUGCAGAAUGUUGUGUUUCCUAUUACUACGGCUUGUGUUUGGGCGGGGUGUUUCUCGGCGAUUUUGGAUUUGAUUGCCAGUGGUAAGAUUGAUGUGAAGCGGCUUGUCGCGAUUCGGUUUGCUUUUGAGCAAGUGGAGGAGGCAUUUGAGCUGUUAAGCCGGGAGGACAAGGAAGUUGAAGGACAGGGGGACGGUGAGGUGAUUAAUGUGAUGAUCGCCGGGCGUAAAGACUAGUGGACUUUAAAAUACAUGCUUAUUCGCCAUGCUAUCUUUUCAUAUCAUACAUCGUUGCCAAGGUGUUCGCGAUUAUGUCGGGUGCCUCAGC